AUGGACUGGGAUCACCUGGCUGAGGAACAGGGCCAGCGAUUUUUCUCCGCCUGGCUUCAACUGCUGUCUCAGGAGUCGCCUGCUUUGCCUUUGAGACUUGCAAGCGAGCAUCGCAGCGGGGAUGCACGCGCGAUAAAUGUGACGAAUUUCAUCACUGGUUCCUAUAACAUUUGCUGUACGGUCACGUUUGAAGAUGGAUUUCGUGUACUUGUUCGAUUUCCUAUCCUGGGUCGGAGUCGGUUUCGCACCGAGAAAACUAGAAAUGAAAUCUCAGUAAUGAGAUUUCUUCAUGAGCACACCAAAGUUCCCAUUCCCUUGAUUCUUGGAGCAGGCCGAUGGGGGUGCGGACCUUAUAUUGUUAUGACCUUUGUUGAAGGGACUUUGUUAUCCAACCAACUUCAAGGCUCGUCUAGCCUGUCUCCGGGUAUUUCAGGGACUGGUAUUGAACUUGCUUUACGUGAGAUGGCCCACGUGUUACUAGAGCUAUCAAAACCAGUCUUUCCACGUAUCGGGGCUCUAACUCAAGAGUCGGGAGUCUGGAAAGUGGCGAAACGACCAUUGACUCUCAAUAUGAACGAACUUGUACGCGUUGGAAACCUACCUCCUGGUGUGUUUGCAGAAGGAAGUUUUUCUACCGCUGGCGAAUAUUUCCAGGAAGUUGCAGCACAACAGCUUCUCCAUCUUCGAUACCAACGCAAUGAUGCUAUGGAUGGCGAACAAGAUUGCCGCAAACGAUACAUUGCUCGCUGUCUUUUUAAAAAGAUUGCUGGUAUUAUUCCAGUAGAGCAGCUGGGUCCUUUCCAUCUUUACUGUGAUGACCUACGCCCAUCGAACGUACUGGUUUCAGCAACAGAUUCCACAGUAACAAGUAUCAUUGAUUGGGAGUAUACGUAUGUGGCGCCUGCUGAAUUCACCUAUACUGCACCCUGGUGGCUUCUCUUUGAGAGCCCGGAGGCUUGGGAGUCAGAUUUGAAUGAGUUCCUUCAUCGAUACACUCCCCGUCUACAACUCUUUCUUAAUAUACUCCGGGACUGCGAAGACGAACAAAUAAAGCUGAAGGGGAUGGAGGAUUCUCAGCGACUAUCAAAGAAGAUGGCGCAGUCUAUGGAAAAUGGGCUCUUUUGGUUUUGUCUUGCCGCCCGGAAAAGUUACAUGUUCGAUGAUAUCUACUGGACUUUUCUUGAUCAAAAGUACUUCGGAACUGGCUCUCUUGAUGACAGGCUUUCGCUUCUGUCGAUGGAGGAGUUAGAGGAGCUGGAGAAGCUUGUUCCAAUGAUGAUGCAGCAAGCAAGUGAAAAUCGCAUUGAACAGCAUCUGUCGUAUGAUGAGUUUGUCGAUUAUUAG